GAGAGAAGAGAGUUGUAGAGUAGGAGAGAAGAAGCGAUAGGAGGGGGGGGUCACAGAGGGUGAGCAAGCUAAAGUGCGAGAGUGAGAUAGAGACAGAGUAAGUGCGUGUGUGAGAGUGUGUGUGAGUGUGUGAGGGAGAGAGAGAGGGAGAGAGAGAGAGACAGAGAGAGCUCUCAGAGGGCGAGCAAACUGUAGAGGCAGUGAGAGGUGAGAGAGUGAGAGCUAACAGAACAGAGGGUAACAGAGGGAAGAGAGAGACAGAAAGAGAGAGAGAGAGAAAGAGAGAGAGAGAAAGAGAGAGCGAGAGAGAGAGUGAGAUGAGAAUAGAAGAGAGAGCGAUGACAGAUUGAGAGAGAGAUAUAUAGAAAGCAUUAACCAAGAAAGGAAGGGCGAGAGAGAGAGAAAGAACAGAGGGUGAGAGAGAUACAGCGCGAGAGAGAGAGAGGGAGGGAGAGAGAGAGAGAGAGAGAGAGACAUAUAGUAUCAGAGCUGGAUGUUCUUAUUUGCAUUGCUGCUGCUGCUGGCUGUUCCAAUGAUCACUCAUUCCUUUCACCACAAGACACCCAGAGAGGUGAGCAGACGUUUGCCGUGUGGGGAGCUGUGAGGAGCGCGUGAUGCUGUGCAGCAGAAAGGCGGCGUCCUUCUCUGUGAUCCCGUCAUUCUCCCCCGAAGCCCAUGUGACCUAAUCCGGCCCCACAGGCCAGGGGGGUGCCCCAUGAAUCCCACCCCAGACCGCAGCAAAGAGUGCCUCCCCCCGAAGAAGCGGGAGUCCAGGCAGGGCUCCUUGGAACAGCGCCCCCCGGAGGACGAGUUCAAGCCCCCGGCACCGCUGCGGCCCCGGCCCCUGGCGAGGCAGUCCGAGGGCAGGGAGAGUGGCGAUCCCCCUCACUAUGACAAAGAUCUGCCCCCACCCCCGCCGCCUCCACCACAAGCCUCCCUGCAGCACCUCCCUCUGCCCCUGCAGUGGCACGUGUCCUACCCCUCCUCUGCGCCCCACCAUUUCCUCUCCGGCGAUCGACACAGCUCCAUCUCCCCCUCCUGGAGGGACAGCAGGGUGCCAGAGGUGGUGGACCCCCCCAUCCCGCACCACUCCCGCUGGCUGAGAGGAGAGGUGCCCCCCCUGGGCCUGCAGCCCCCCCUGUCCCUGCCCCCCUAUAAGAGCCACUAUGCCUCGGACCGGGACAUGUGGUCCUACUUUGGCGCUAGCCGCCGGGACUACAGCCCUUCCUUCUUCUCCCCAGCGCACCACCUCUUCGCCCAGCCUGCACCCUAUCCCACUGAACCCCUCUCCGACCGGUUUCGCUACCCAGGCAGGAGGCCCAACGGCCUAGAUGGCCUGGAGGGUCGGCCCAGCACUCUGGAGAGGGCGCCCUCUGCAGGGGAAAGCAGCAACGACAGCCGGUCCAGGGCGGAGGGCUUUCAUACCAACGGGAGGAAAAGACACCUGGAGGACACUGCGGGCUCACCGCAGGCGAGAGGAACAUUGUCCUCACGCGAGAGCCCCAAUGCACGCAACCCUCCGCAGGACCAGGACAGAGACCGAGACAGACAGAGAGACAGGGAAAGGGAAAGAGAAAGAGAGCGAGAGCGAGACCGUGAGAGAGAGAGAGAAAGAGAACGAGAGAGAGAGAGGGACAGAGACAGAGACCUCCGUAGGACUCCCAAAGCCGCUCACCUCUCAGAAUCACGGACUGCCAAGGUGGAGCCCCUUGGGCUAGGCACCAUCCAGAGCGCUGGGGCUCAGAUCUACUACGCCCUGGGCUCGGUCUACCCCCUCCAGCAGUCCUCCUCAUUCACCUACCCGACUCACCUCAGCUCCGUAGGCACCCCACCCUACACGCCCCCACACACCACCAAGAGGAACUCCCAGCUCUCCCCUCUGGGCCAGCACAACAGCCACGGGGCUUCCGAGCACGAGCGAGAGGACCUCUCCUCGCCCCCCGGGGCCUACCAUGAGCGCGCUCAUGUGCAGGGCCCCAUCGAGCCACACCCCGCCGCAGACCUACCUCAUUUCGCCAAGGGGUCCCUGAUCGAGCUGGCCGGGGGCCGCCUGAAGCGCGUGGAGGAGCUCCGCACCGAGGACUUCCUGCGCAGCGCCGACACCUCGCCCGAGUUCCACCUGAGCAGCUGCACCGUGCUGGACAUCUCGCCCGGAUCCACACACGGCUUCAGCCAACUGCAAGUCCUGCUGGCCGACCGCAACACUCAGGAGUUACUCACAGUCUUAGUGGAGUAUCCGUUCUUUGUGCGCGACCGAGGCUGGUCUUCAUGCCGCCCACAGAGAACCGCCCAGCUCUAUGGCCUCACCUGCCGCCAGCUGAUUGCUGGAGACGUGUGCCUGGCGCUGACCCCGACCCCCACGCCCAGCUCCACCCUGGGGCCUCCCCCACCCCGCUCCCGCUCCAGGGCCGCCCGCACACACAGCCAGGCCUCGGGCGCGGCCGAGUCCAGCUCCACCCCAGAAACAGAGAGGAUGCCUCCGCCUCCGCCUCCACCACCACCACCCCCACCGCCUCCUCCUCCUCCUCCCCAAGCACCUCCCUCCAUCACUAGAAACACCACCAUCACCUCCCACAGCGGAGAGGGGGGCCAGCAGCGGGAGACGCGGCCUCGCAAGAGACGCUGGUCGGCCCCCGAUCUCUCCAGCCGAGAGGGGGAGGAAGAGGACAAAGGGAGGACACCCCCAGAUUUACCUCAAGGCUCCAAACAGGAGAAACAGCAGUAACAACAGGCUCCCUUACUCCUCUACUGACUACCAUCCCGUAUACACAUGUAAACACACACACACACACACAGCCUCCUCACAGCCCACAGUGUGGUGUCAACUCCACGCCACCAGCUCCACGCACUCACAUCUGGUCGACUGAGCAGGAACAGGGGCGCAGGAGGUUUCAGGUAACUCAACAUUAUUAUGGUCAUCCUCAAGUGCGCAUGAGCAAAGCCAUGAAAACCAACCCCACCUCCUCUUGGUUUGUAAGGGGUCACAGGAGGGGAAGAGUUGUAUAUUUCCGCGAUGGAAGGGUAAACAUUGGGAGGGCGCCAUGCUAGGAAAUCCCAAAAUGCACAAAAGAGACAUUCAGUGAGACAAUCAAAUUCACCUGUCUGUGUCGCCACGCGUUUACUCUCUGAUGUAGUAAUGGUCGUUCCACGCUCACUGACAGUGUUUUCUGCAGGGUAUCUAUUUUCAAACAGUAUUAUUGAAGUUAAUAACAUUGAAGAAAAAUGAAAUAUAUAAAUAUAUAAAUAUUACAUAUUACAGGUGUUACAUAAAUAUGCUAAAGAAUAAAAGUCGAAAUGAGUCAGUUGUUACUUUCGUACUGAAAUUUAAUUUUAACGCUUCUGAGCCGAAUUCUGGCCGCGUGUCUGGGCGGACAAGGUGAAUGUAUCAGCAACCUUUAGCCUUUUUUCUCAGUGUGGGUCAAUGCGCUCUUUUUCUAGCAUUACUCUCCGAUCUGUUUUUAUCAUUCUUUUAACUGUUAAAGGGAAGACACUACUCCGGAGGCAGAGUGCAAAGCGAUACCCCCGCUUGUCAUGUGUUUCCUUCCGUUUGUGGUGAUGCCGUGAGAAACUGAUAGCGAGAACGUAAAACGGUGCUAAUGACAAGUUGGAAUGCGAUGCUUCGUGAAUAGAGCAGACCCCACUGUACACUUCUCUUUUGUCUUUAUGUUCAUGUACGACCGAGCGCAGGGAGAAAAACAAAGGAAAAGUAUUCUGAACUCAGAUACGGGUAUCUCUUCUUGAUCAAGCACACUCUUUCACUUUAGUUUUUUUUUUCUUUCGUUUUGUUCUGGUUUUUUUUCUGUUGUUGUUGUUUUUCAAAAAUACUGUUGUUACUAUUUUCUUUGUAAAUGUUAUAGCUAUAAAAUUGUAUAUUUUUAAAAUUGUGAAACUGUCAUACAAUGUUCGCUAGAGAUUAAAAAAGCUUUAUAGAUUUA